AUGUUUAACAUAAGUGCAACCCUCAAUGUAUCUAGGUUAGUUACUAAUCCUUCACUUUGUCUUCCUCAUGUGACAGUUCCUUCGUUUGAUAAGAUGACAAUUCCCUUCAAAAUUCCAGGUAAAGAUGUGGAAAUUAAAGGUGUAGUCCUUGAUAAGGAUAAUUGUUUUGCCAAAGAUCAUGAUGAUAAAAUUUGGCCAGCUUAUGAAGAAACUUGGAAGAAACUUCAACUGAUAUAUCCUAAAGAACACAUUUUGAUUGUAUCCAAUUCUGCUGGAACCAACGAUGAUAUUGAUCAUGAACAAGCUAAAAUUUUAGAAGACAGAACUGGAGUAUCAGUGUUGAGACAUCCUACGAAAAAACCUGGAUGUUUCAAUGAAAUUUUGGAUUAUUUCAAACAACAAGGAAUCCAUAAUGCCAAUGAAAUCAUAGUCGUAGGUGACAGAUUAUUCACGGACAUGUUAAUGGCUAAUAUGAUGGGAUCUUAUGGAUUAUGGUUAAGUGAUGGAGUUGAACAAUCACAAAAGAUUUUCCCUAAAUUAGAAAGAGGCAUUUAUGAUAGAUUGGUUACACAAAGAGCUGAUAACCCAUUCGUUCCUCCUGAUCCAUCUUCUUGA